AUGUCGAAAGUUCAAAAACAACGUGUGCAGACAUUUGGUCGAAAGAAAACAGCUACAGCUGUUGCUGUCUGUCAACAAGGUCACGGCUCAAUCCGUGUUAACGGUCGACCACUUCACCUCGUUGAGCCGCAGGCACUUCGCUUCAAACUCGAAGAACCAAUCUAUCUUCUUGGUCGUGACAAAUUUGCUAAUGUUGAUGUUCGAAUUCGAGUCAAAGGUGGUGGUCGUAUUGCACAAAUCUAUGCUAUUCGACAAGCAUUAGCUAAAUCAAUCGUCUCUUACAACCAGAAAUACGUCGAUGAAGCAACAAAGAAACAGAUUCGAGACAUUCUCGUACAAUACGAUCGAACAUUACUUGUUGCUGAUCCCCGUCGAUGUGAACCUAAGAAAUUCGGUGGUCCAGGUGCACGUUCCAAAUACCAAAAAUCGUACCGUUAA